CAAGCAGAAAAUACUAUACAGUCUAAAAAUCUUACUGACCUUAGUUCAAGUAAGGAAUAUGAAAGUAAUAACUCUAAUGGGGAUGACAAUUCAGAUAAUGAUUUUGUAGAUGAACUAGAUAAUAAUGAGAAUGCAAAUUCUAUAAUUGACCAUUUUUGUGCAGCUUUAGAAGCUAGUUUUAAAAAAAAGGGACAGCCAAAAUUAUAUACUAGGCUUUUUGCAAGAACUCAUCAAAGAAAAAAAAAAGUAUUAAAAGAAGCUGCAGUCACUGACAAUGAAGAAGAUAUUGAAGACCAUGGUUCUUCUGAAAGAAAAUACGAUAAUGAUAACUUAGAGAAUGAUAAUGAAUCAGAUAAUAGUGAUGGGCAAGGAACAAUAGAGGCAUCAGAAACAGUUGCAAAAGUAAUUAAUUAUAGUCCAUGGCUUGCAAAAUGUAUUUACAUAGAUGGACAUGAGCGACUAGAUGUCAUUGCUUAUCAUCAAACCUUUCUUGAGGAAAUUGCACAGCUUGAUCAAUUUAUGUCUAAGUGGCUUGAUCAAGAUUUACCUUCUAUGCUUAUAAUGGACCAUAUUCUGUGUAGGGCCCAGUUGGAGAACAACUAUUACAAAAAAAAGGAUUGUGACCUAAUGUGUGCCAACCGAGAUGAAUAUUGGAAUUCUGUAAAGCUUCUUGAACAAGUCAGAAAAAAUGCUCUUGUGGCCUUUAAAAUGAAUCUUAAUCCAGGUAGUUCUGCUCCAAAAAUGAGAGAUACAAUAUGGAAUAAUGAUUGUCAAUCAAUGAUUAUUGAAGAUAACUAUUUUAUUUAUUGUUAUCGAACAUUGACUAUUACCUGUUUUAAAUCGGCAAAAAAAUAG